CUUUCUCCUUGAUUUGGCGACUUAAGCCCUGCCACUCUCGUGCUGUGUUUGGUUGCGAAGAAAAUUUCGGAAUGGACCUUCGUUCUUUUAGCUGUGAACUGUUUGAUUGUCUGUAAAAUUUACAAGGAAUCAUUGAAACGAAGUGUUGUCAAGUGAAACAGAGUUGUGGAUUAGUUAUGCAACAAAGAAAGAGAUGGGAUUCGCCAGAAAGGAGUACGAGUUUUUGAGCGAGAUCGGGCUGAGUUCGCGCAAUUUGGGGUGUUACAUCAAUGGAGGUUGGAAAGCCCAUGGUCCUGUGGUAUCUACUUUGAAUCCUGCGAACAAUCAGACAAUAGCUGAAGUUGUAGAGGCAUCCACUGAAGAUUAUGAGGAAGGCAUGCAGGCUUGCAGUGAAGCUGCUAAAGUGUGGAUUCAGGUUCCUGCUCCCAAGAGAGGUGAGAUCGUUAGACAGAUAGGAGAAGCAUUGAGAUCUAAACUACAGGAACUUGGCCGUCUUGUUUCACUGGAAAUGGGAAAAAUUCUUCCGGAAGGAAUUGGGGAAGUUCAAGAAAUUAUUGACAUGUGUGAUUUUGCUGUGGGGUUAAGCAGGCAACUUAAUGGAUCAGUAAUACCUUCAGAACGUCCAAACCAUAUGAUGUUGGAGAUGUGGAAUCCCCUUGGAAUAGUUGGUGUGAUUACAGCUUUUAACUUCCCAUGCGCUGUUCUUGGAUGGAAUGCAUGCAUUGCGCUUGUCUGUGGUAACUGUGUUGUUUGGAAAGGUGCUCCAACAACUCCGUUGAUCACCAUAGCAAUGACAAAGCUAGUGGUUGGGGUUCUAGAGAGGAAUAACUUACCUGGUGCUAUAUUUACAUCAUUUUGUGGUGGUGCUGAAAUUGGUCAAGCAAUAGCAAAAGAUACGCGCAUUUCUCUGGUUUCAUUUACAGGGAGUUCAAAGGUUGGUCUAAAAGUGCAACAAACGGUGAAUGAAAGAUUUGGAAAAUGUUUGCUUGAACUAAGCGGAAACAAUGCUAUAAUUAUCAUGGACGAUGCAGACGUCCAGCUGGCUGCUCGCUCUGUGCUGUUUGCUGCUGUUGGCACCGCUGGUCAACGAUGCACAACAUGUCGUAGGCUGCUCCUUCACCAAGGCGUAUAUCAGAGGGUACUUGAUCAGCUCCUUGAUGCAUACAAACAAGUCAAAAUAGGUGAUCCAUUGGAAAAAGGUACCUUGCUUGGACCAUUGCAUACUCCAGAGUCACGGAAGAACUUUGAGAAGGGAAUAGAGGUCAUCAAGUCUCAGGGAGGAAAGAUUCUAACUGGUGGUUCAGUUAUAGAAUCUGAGGGCAACUUCGUGCAGCCCACAAUAGUUGAAAUUUCUUCAAAUGCAGAUUGUGUUAAAGAAGAGCUGUUUGCUCCUGUUCUCUAUGUAAUGAAAUUCCAGACUUUAAAGGAAGCAAUUGAAAUAAACAACUCAGUACCUCAAGGAUUAAGUAGUUCUAUCUUCUCCCGCAGACCUGAAGUUAUCUUCAAGUGGCUUGGGCCAGAAGGAAGUGACUGCGGUAUUGUAAAUGUAAAUAUACCAACCAAUGGUGCUGAAAUUGGUGGUGCUUUCGGUGGUGAAAAAGGUACAGGGGGUGGUCGUGAAGCAGGAAGCGACUCCUGGAAGCAGUACAUGCGGCGCUCUACUUGUACAAUCAACUAUGGAAAUGAGUUGCCGCUUGCACAAGGAAUCAAUUUCGGCUAGUUUCAUGGGGUCAAGAGCUGCUUGUCUCCAGUGCAGGGUCUUGUCUAUCCGCCCAAGACUUCUAUGCUCCCGAGUCUCAAUUCACUCUGGUUCAGAUUACAGUUACAUAAAAGAAGCAUCGAUGACACGGCAACAAUAAAGGCAUGCAUCUUGACUCUUUACUCUAUAUUUGAGUUCUUGAAAUGGAUUUUAUUUACGAACCUCCCAACGGAAUGCCGAUACUACAUUCGUGUUUUGUUAUGUGUAACUGAACGUUUUACUAAUCGAAUUCGCCAUCCGUUUUGUUGAA